AUGGCUCAAGAACUGAUUCAACUCCAGCCAGGAAUGCAGGUUGAAAGAUGGACUAUUGAAAAGAAGCUUGGUGAAGGUGGCUUUGGUGCCGUAUAUCGAUGUCGUGACAGCACUGGGCAAUACGCACUCAAAGUUGAAGGAGUGGCCGAGCAGAUUCAGGUACUGAAAAUGGAAGUCUACGUGCUGACAGAGUUGACAAAACGUGGCUCACGACAUUUCUGCAGAAUUGAAGACAAAGGAAGAUACGGAAAUUUCAAUUAUGUGGUUAUGACUCUUGUGGGUAAAUCGCUACAAGAUUUGAAUAGGGGAGGGCCUGGAGGGCAUAUGACGAUCGGAUGUGCUAUAUCAUGUGGUAUUCAAGCGCUAGAAGCUCUUGAAGUUCAAAAGAAGAAGCGGAUCGCCGUGCAUUUGCAGCGAGCUUAG